AUGGCGGCUUGGGCUUCAUCUUCUUCUUCUUCCUUAGCUAAUUAUUCAUCAUCAACAUCGAUUCUUCCUCGUACUGCGUCGAAAACCUCCUGUCCCUUUAAUUCCCAUCAACAUCGGCCAGUCACCUCGGUUUCUCUCCUUCCUUACCAUCGCCCAUCAACCUCGUCAUUAUCAUGGGCUCAAAAAGAAGUUGGAAUUCGGAUUGGGUGGAAUAUUGGGGAGGAGAAGGCAUGCUUGGCUUCGGCUCUGCGAACUUCAGCAGUUCGCCAAUUGACUGGUUCCCUCACCAGUGCUGAGGGUCUCCGUUUUGGCAUUGUAGUAGCCCGUUUCAAUGAAAUUGUAACUAAGCCGCUGCUUGAGGGAGCUUUGGACACUUUCAAGAAGUACUCAGUCAAAGAAGAGGAUGUCGAUGUUGUGUGGGUUCCUGGCAGUUUUGAAAUUGGUGUAGUUGCGGAGAGACUUGGUCGGUCAAAAAAGUAUGAUGCAAUUGUAUGCAUUGGAGCCGUGGUUCGAGGUGAUACCACACAUUAUGAUGCGGUGGCUAAUUCAGCUGCAUCUGGAGUGCUUUCUGCUGGCAUGAAUUCAGGUGUCCCUUGUAUAUUUGGUGUUCUUACUUGUGAUAAUAUGGACCAGGCUUUAAAUCGAGCUGGUGGAAAGUCAGGGAAUAAAGGUGCUGAAGCAGCCCUGACAGCUAUUGAGAUGGCAUCCUUAUUUGAGCACCAUCUGAAGUUAUAA